AUGCCUGCAUUAGCAGCAGAUCCUGUUUUACUAUCCCUUUUUUCGAAUAGGUUUAUGGCUGUGGCAGAGUCUAUGGGAAGAUCACUACAACAAACAUCCAUAUCUACCAACAUUAAAGAGCGACUAGAUUUCUCAUGUGCCAUCUUUGCUGCUGAUGGAUCUCUCAUUGCCAAUGCACCACAUCUACCAGUGCACCUAGGUAGCAUGAGUUUUGCUGUCAAGUACCAAGCUGAUCAUUUACACGAACUUGGUCAGGGAUCAUUUAAACGUGGUGAUGUCGUAUUGGCAAACCAUCCAUCUGCAGGUGGAAGCCAUCUACCAGACAUGACGUGCAUUACGCCCGUCUUUGCCCCAGAUCGUGAUGAAAUUAUCUUCUUUACUGCAAGCAGAGGGCAUCAUGCAGACAUUGGUGGAAUUCUUCCAGGAUCUAUGCCCCCUAACAGUACGAAUAUUUUUGAAGAGGGUGCUCAGAUUCGCUCCUUCAAAAUCGUGUCAGAGGGUGUGUAUGAUCGAGAUGGACUUGUACGAGUGCUCGUUGACGAACCCUCUAAGUAUGCAGGAUGCUCUGGUACACGAUGCUUCCGUGACGUCGAGAGUGACCUCAAGGCCCAGAUUGCAGCCAACCACAAGGGCAUUCAACUCCUGAAUGACCUUGUAGAGGAAUGGAGUCUAGAGACAGUUCAAACAUACAUGACGCAUAUUCGCGAGAAUGCCGAACUGUCGGUAAGAAAUUUGCUACGACGUGUAGCGGCCAUCCAAAAUGCAACAGAACUACAUGCUAUCGACUACAUGGAUGAUGGAUCACCGAUCGAAUUGCAUAUUACUAUCGAUCCCCAGACCGGAUCCGCUGUCUUUGAUUUUGAUGGCACUGGUCCUGAGGUUUGUGCAAACCAUAAUUGCCCAACAUCUGUUGCUUACAGCGCCAUUAUAUAUGCGCUUCGAUGCAUGGUCUCUGAAGAUAUUCCCUUGAACCAAGGAUGCUUGGCUCCUAUUGAUGUCCGCAUCCCGCAGGGAUCAUUGCUGAGCCCAUCAGAUACAGCUGCUGUGGUUGGAGGUAAUGUACUAACGAGUCAGCGCAUAACGGAUGUCGUAUUUCGCGCUUUUGAAGCUGCAGCUGCGAGCCAGGGUGACUGUAACAACCUGACCUUCGGUACAGGUGGAAACGAUGAGACUGGCCGCCUUAUCGAAGGCUUUGGGUAUUACGAAACCAUUGCUGGUGGCUCGGGGGCAGGACCCUCAUGGCACGGCACGAGUGGUGUACACACACACAUGACCAAUACACGUAUCACUGAUCCAGAGAUCUUUGAGCGACGGUAUCCCGUAUAUCUUCGUCAAUUUGGAUUGCGCUCAGGUUCUGGCGGUAGGGGACACUUCGUUGGUGGCGACGGUGUGAUUCGUGACAUUGAGUUUCUGGAGCCUCGCAUGCAAGUGAGCAUCCUAUCUGAGCGACGUGUACAUCGCCCAUAUGGCCUGCAAGGUGGUGAACCAGGUUCGAACGGAGUGAACUUGUGGAUCAAGCAGCGACGCGAAGAAGAUGGUGACUUAUUGGAGCCUGAUAGAGACGGACAUUUGCCCCCUCGCGUCAUCAAUUUGGGUGGUAAGGCUACCGCUCAGUUCGGCAUGCAUGACCGGAUUGUUGUGUACACACCUGGCGGAGGAGGUUUUGGCACGCCAGGGCAUCAAGAGGCGCGCGCGUCGCCACGUCCAACACCCUUGCCAUAUCGUGGAAGUGUUGUGGACUGGCAGUCACGGCAAGUUAGUGCAUAA